AUGGACCAUGUCCCAUUUAAACACAAACGGACAACACUUGAAAGAGCUGAGAAAUUUAUUUCACCAGAUUAUUUCACAGACAUCAAUUUGAGAAGUCGGUUGUACACAGACCAAGCUGGCCUGGAGAGCAUUCAGCAUUAUGCAGCACCGGACAGGGUGCCUUAUACCAAGGCCAUGGAAGGCAAGUAUCAGCCUGCACAUCUUGGCCAGUCAUUUGGACCAGUCUGGAGCACACACUGGUUCAGGCUUGAGGUGGUGAUCCCAUCAAAAUGGGUUGGCAAGGAAGUUCAUCUCUUGUGGAACUCUGGAUCGGAAGCACUGGUUUGGUGUCAUGGGGAGCCUCGGCAGGGUCUCAGUGGUGACAAUAACAGAAUCAGUUACAUCAUCUCAUACAACCUUGAUGCUGCUGAUUUACAACAAACAGUCUACAUAGAGAUGGCCUGCAACCACUUGUUUGGCAUUGGCAACCUGGCCAUCGUCAAAACAGAUGAUGAGAAGAAGACAUUUACACUGUCCCAGGCAGAACUAGCAGUGUUUGAUCGUGACGUCUUCGGCAUGAUUCUGGACAUUGAAAUCUUACAUGACAUAGCCAAGGAGUUUCCCGAAGACAGUCAGAGAGGGUAUCAGGCUUUGUACGCAGUCAACGACAUCAUCAACCAUCUGGAUGUGAGGGAUAGAAGCACAUACAGGAGAGCCCAGGAGAUGGCGAAGACUUUCUUCCAUGAGAGAAAUGGACAGAGCCAGCACACACUCUAUGCCAUGGGACAUGCCCACAUUGACACUGCUUGGCUAUGGCCGUAUGCUGAGACAAUUAGAAAAUGUGCAAGGUCAUGGUCAUGUACCCUGAGGUUAAUGGAAAAAUACCCAGAGUUCAUUUUUACUUGCUCUCAGGCUCAGCAGUAUGCCUGGGUGAAAGAACACUACCCCACACUGUGGCAGGAAAUCUGUUUGUUUAUACAGAAGGGACAGUUUGUGCCAGUUGGGGGCACUUGGGUAGAAAUGGAUGGAAAUAUUCCCAGUUGUGAAGCUUGUAUUCGACAGUUCUUAUAUGGACAGAACUUUUUCCUCAAGGAGUUUGGCUGCAGAUGCAAGGAGUUCUGGCUCCCAGACACGUUCGGCUACUCAGCACAGUUCCCCCAGAUACUGCGACAUUGUGGUAUUACCAGAUUCCUCACACAGAAGCUCAGUUGGAGUUUGGUCAACAAGUUCCCUCACCACACUUUUCACUGGGAGGGAAUCGAUGGAUCCUCCGUGCUGGCUCACUUCCCACCUGGGGACAGCUAUGAGAUGAAAGGGCGUGUUGGCGAGAUGUUGAAAACUGUGAAAAACUUCAAGGACAAAGGUCGGUCCAACCGUUCUGCCUUUCUGUUUGGAUAUGGAGAUGGAGGCCAUGGACCAAGUGAGGACAUGUUGGAGAGACUGCAGCGACUGCAAGAUUGUGAUGGACUACCCAAGGUGAAGCUGGCCAGCCCUGAUGAGUUCUUCUCUUCCAUUGAACGGGAAAACACAAACUUGCUGUGUCGCUGGAGGGGCGAGCUGUACCUGGAGCUGCACAAUGGCACAUACACCACGUGGGCCAAGGUGAAGAAGUACAACCGCCAGUGUGAGGUGCUGCUGCAGGAACUAGAGGCUGUAGCCACCAUGGCCUGUGUGAGGGUGCCAGACUUCCCGUACCCACACGAGGAGCUGGACAGACUGUGGAAGUUGUUGUUGUUGAACCAGUUCCAUGAUGUUUUACCUGGCAGUUCCAUUAACCAGGUGUUUCAAGAUGCUGUCGGUUACUAUCAAGAUAUAGAGAGGUCAGCAAAUGCACUGAUCAACAAAGCUGUAGCCUGCUGUGCCCACAGCCAGGCCAGCGAACAGCAUGAAAUGUAUGUUGUAAACACACAAGGGUAUGCCAGACACGAGCUUGUAGAGUUACCUGCCAGCGAGCUGGCCGCACCAGCACACAAGAAACGGAGGGCCCAGACAAACAGCCAACUCCUUGAUGGUUCGCAUCUAGUUGAGGUGCAGGUGCCGCCACUGUGUAUCAAGCCCAUCAGUCAGUGCCUUGUCAAGCAGACAGAAGAAGACCUUUGCAGUCAGCUCCGUCUCUACAAAGAGGAUGACCACUUUGUCCUGAGUAAUGGUCAAGUGAGGGCAGAGUUGGAUUCCUUAGGUCGCCUUGUAUCACUGACUUGCUUUGAUAAAAGAACAAACAGCAACCAGUUCAUCCUGUAUGAUGAUGUACCCCUCUACUGGGACGCCUGGGAUGUGAUGGACUACCAUCUAGAGACCAGGCAGCCUAUUGUUACAGCCAUUGAGAGGACACGGGUAAUAAGUGAUUCAAGCAAUGCCAGAGUUAGCCUUGAGUUUAGCUUGAAAAUAAGUGAAGAGAGCUACCUGAGACAAGAGAUAUUCUUGGAUGCCUGCAGUCCAUAUGUGGGAUUUAACACUGAGGUGACCUGGCGAGAGAAUCGCAAGUUCCUCAAGGUGGAGUUCCCGACAACCGUCCACACAACCCAGGCCUCCUAUGACAUCCAGAGUGGUUUCCUACAACGACCUAAUCAUUACAACACUUCCUGGGACAGUGCCCGAUUCGAGGUGUGUGGGCACAAGUGGGCUGACCUGUCCGAACACAACUUUGGUGUGGCUGUCAUUAACAACUGCAAGUAUGGAUACUCCGCAGUGGAUAGAGUGCUGCGACUGUCUUUACUUCGCUCACCAAAAUCACCAGAUCCACAAGCAGACAUGGGUGUACACACCUUCUCGUAUGCAAUCAUGCCACACUCAGGAAAUUUGCAAGAAGCCGGAGUUAUCCAUGCAGCACAGAGCUUCAACUGUCCCCUGCGUGUGGUCACUAGCGGUGCAGAUGACCUCAUCAGUCCAGCCCUGUUUGUGCUGGACACUAGGCAGGUCCUGGUGCAGGCUGUAAAAAUGGCUGAAGACCGCAGUCGGACCAUUAUCCUCCGAGUACACGAAGCUUACGGUGGCAGCACCAAGGUCAAGGUCACCACACCGCUGCCCCUACUGGCGGUCCAUCCUUGUAAUGGCCUGGAGGAGGCUCUGCACGACUGGGACCAAGACGUUGGCAUCCACUUUGUCCAUGGGGACCAGCAGUGUCAGUUUGAGUUCACACUGACAGCCUUUCAGAUCAUUUCCUUGAGAUGUGUCAUGUAG